UGUCGAACGAGCAGAGGAAGUCCCGCCCACUUUUCGCUCAGCAGCAUUUUAUCUGAUAAAGGAAACGAGACUUUCUCGAAAAAAGGGAUGAUGAGGAAGAUGUGGAACUCCUGUGCUUGGAUACGCUAAACAGAUGGAAACAAUAGGACGUCAAUAUCUGCUUUAUUGAUUUAUUUUAUAGCCCCACAGACACAGGAUCCUGGUAGCUAAAGAUCUACCACAUCUCUAUUGAACAAACAAGGUAACGACAUCGUAUGACCACAUAAAUACAUUUUCACGGUUUAUUUUUGAGCAACACUUCCUCAAAAGGCCAUGGAUGCAAACUCAAUACCUCAGAUCAUUAUAGAGGAUUACGAUGGUCUUGAGGUGGCCCCGGAUGAUCACUUGAGAACUUUGAAAGCACUGACUGAGAAGCUGAGACUUGAAACCAGAAGGCCAUCUUAUCUUGAGUGGAAGGCACGGGUAGAAGUUCAAAAAGCUCAAAACUCCAAAGGUUUAGCAAUUUCAGAAGGGUCAUCAGAGCUAGAGAGAAGUGCUGGGACGAAACCCAAUGGAAAACCUCAGAUGAAUAUCCAGAUUUGUGAAGUGACUGCAGGAAAGGGUCUGAGUACUAAAAGCCUUGGAGAAUUCGGAAAUAUUGACGAAGCUCUUAUUUGGCUUCGAAAGGAGCUGAUGGAGAUGCGUAUUCAGGACCAGCAGUUGGCCCGCCAGCUCAUGCGACUGCGUGGUGACAUCAAUAAACUCAAAGUCGAGCAGACAUGUCACCUGCAUCGGCGCAUGCUAAAUGAUGCCACAUUUGGCCUUGAGGAACGCGAUGAGCUGUCAGAUCUUUUGUGCGAUGGACCCGUCACUCCAGGAUUUGGCCUCUCUUCGCCACUUCGUCUCAUUGGUGUUACAAAGAUGAACAUCAACUCGAGACGCUUUUCUCUUUGCUAACAAUUCAAGUGUGCGGUUGUAACAGUGCUAUACAUGUAAAAUGAUCAUGGCAAUAUACUAAGUGGCUCAAGAGAGUACUACUACUACGGGUGAAGAAUGAAAACAGCAGAAUGUGAUUUUAGGAAUAACUUGUGAGAAUAACCUGUGCCUUUUACUCUGUGUACUUGUGCCAGUGAAACCACUUAAGUCGAUACAAUGGACAAUGAUGAAUAAAUGUCUGACCCAUCACCCAUGGCUUAAUGCAUUGGAUACAAUCUAUAUUCUAGUCAUAAGAUACACUUUGGUUAUUUACCACUCAGCCUUAAUACAACUUUAU